UUGUAAAGAACAGCUGUUAAUUUUUUUGUGGGCUGGAAAGGGUUAAGCAGCAUAACAGAAUGUCCUGGGAAUGUUGGCACUGAGGCAACAGCCUUUUUAGUACUCUGGAUGGGAUCCCAGCAGUCUAAAGAAAGUUGUAAACCCUCCCAAGAUGCUAAGUUUGUUCCCUGGUUGCUUUUUGGAAAGCCAAGAAGGGAGAUACUGUAUCAAGUAGCUGGAGACAUGUGCGUGAGGACAACUGAUUAUCUUCAGCAAGGAACAGACGCCUUGCCUUCUCCCCAAAGGGCUUCACUUUCACUUGGAGCACUCGAGUUAUCUCAGCAGAGUCAUCUUUUCUGGAACAAAAAAUACAAAAAAGAAAAAAAGUUUGACUGUGCCGGCUCUUGUGAAUAUUCUUUGGGGUUUUGUCAUUACUAAUUUGCUUUCAUGUUGUUUGAGAAGAAAGCACAAGAGGCACUUCCUCACUGCGUGGGAGAGAAAGGUUACACAAGGUUUCUGUAAAGUUACCCCUUGUUACUUUGUGAGCUUUUUAUUAAUACCUAUCUGUUUUACCUGGCUGCCACUGAUCCCUUCAAUAUCAAGUUGCAAUGGAUGCCAUCUUGAUCGGCUUUGAGGAUAUCUUUUAUAACAGGGAUGGCCUGCUAUGGAACUUGACUUCCAGGGCGCUCAAAAGCUGGCGGAUUAUGAACCUGCGAGCGGUGCAGCUGAUGUUGAGGCCAAGGUGCAUUUCAAGAGCGGUGUACCAGAUGACUGAGGGGCGUCGAUGUCAAGUGCACCUUCUCGAUGACAGGAAACUUGAACUUCUUGUGCAGCCCAAACUCCUGGCGAAAGAUCUGUUGGACCUGGUGGCUUCACAUUUUAACCUGAAAGAAAAGGAAUAUUUUGGAAUAUCCUAUACAGAUGAAACGGGCCACUUUAGCUGGUUGCAGCUUGAUCGCCGAGUACUGGAACAUGACUUCCCCAAAAAGUCAGGACCAGUUACGCUGUACUUCUGUGUCAGGUUCUACAUUGAAAGUAUAUCCUACCUGAAGGACAAUGCCACAAUAGAACUGUUUUUCCUCAAUGCAAAGUCUUGCAUUUACAAGGAACUGAUUGAAGUUGACAGUGAAGUGGUCUUUGAAUUAGCCUCCUAUAUUUUGCAGGAGGCAAAAGGAGACCAUAGCAGCAUUGAAGUCACAAGAGCUGACUUGAAAAAACUGCCAGCACUCCCAACGCAAGCACUGAAGGAGCACCCUUCCCUUGCUUACUGUGAGGACAGAGUUGUAGAGCACUACAAGAAGCUAAGUGGUCAGUCCAGAGGUCAAGCAAUUGUAAAUUAUAUGAGCAUUGUGGAAUCAGUUCCCACAUAUGGAGUGCAUUAUUAUGCAGUAAAGGACAAGCAGGGUAUUCCUUGGUGGUUGGGACUAAGUUACAAAGGAAUAUUUCAGUAUGAUCACCAUGACAAAGUGAAACCAAGAAAGGUGUUCCAAUGGAGGCAGCUUGAAAACCUGUACUUCAGGGAAAAAAAGUUUUCUGUGGAAGUGCAUGACCCCCGCAGGGCAUCAGUGUCGAGAAGAACCUUUGGGCACAGUGGAAUUGCAGUGCAUACAUGGUAUGCCUGUCCUGCACUGAUAAAGUCCAUUUGGGCUAUGGCUAUUAGCCAGCACCAAUUCUAUCUGGAUAGAAAGCAGAGCAAGUCAAAAAUCCAUGCUGCCCGAAGCUUGAGUGAAAUAGCUAUUGACCUGACAGAAACUGGAACACUAAAGACCUCUAAACUUGCCAACAUGGGAAGCAAAGGGAAGAUCAUCAGCGGGAGCAGCGGCAGUCUUCUGUCAUCAGGUUCCCAGGAGUCUGAUAGCUCCCAGUCUGCCAAGAAAGACAUGCUGGCUGCACUGAAGUCCAGGCAGGAAGCUCUGGAGGAGACACUCCGCCAGCGUCUGGAGGAACUCAAGAAGAUUUGCAUACGAGAGGCGGAGCUAACAGGGAAAUUACCUAAAGAGUAUCCCUUGGACCCAGGGGAGCUGCCGCCUGCUGUCCAGCGUAGGAUUGGCACUGCCUUUAAACUGGACGAACAGAAAAUUCUGCCAAAGGGAGAGGAGGCUGAGUUGGAACGCCUGGAGCGAGAGUUUGCCAUCCAGUCUCAGAUAACAGAGGCAGCGCGUCGAUUGGCCAGCGACCCCAACGUCAGCAAGAAACUGAAGAAACAAAGGAAAACCUCCUACCUGAACGCACUAAAAAAACUGCAGGAAAUUGAGAAUGCAAUUAACGAGUAUCGUAUCAAAUCUGGAAAGAAACCAACGCAGCGGGCUUCUCUUAUUAUAGAAGAAGCAAAUAUUGGCAUUGAAGACGGUUCACUGUCAGACGCCCUUGUUCUUGAGGAUGACGAUUCUCAAGUGACCAGCACCUUUUCCCCUACAGCCUCCCCUCAUAAAGGUCUGCCUCCCCGACCCCCUUCCCACAACAGACCCCCUCCUCCACAGUCCCUGGAGGGGCUCAGGCACAUGCACUACCAGCGCAGCGACUACGACAAGUCUCCUAUCAAACCCAAAAUGUGGAGCGAGUCUUCUUUAGAUGAGCCAUACGAAAAAGUCAAGAAGCGCUCUUCUCACAGUCACUCCGGUCACAGGCGCUUUCCUAGUUCAGGGAGCUGUGCAGAGGCUGGAGGGAGCAACUCUCUGCAGAACAGCCCGAUCAGGAGCCUCCCCCACUGGAACUCCCAGUCCAGUAUGCCAUCCACCCCGGAUCUACGUGUACGGAGUCCGCAGUAUGUCCAUUCCACAAGAUCAGUCGACAUCAGCCCGACCCGACUGCACAGUUUAGUACAGCACUUUAGACACCGGAGCUCCAGCCUAGAGUCGCAGGGCAAACUGCUGGGUUCUGAGAACGAGACAGCCAGCCCUGACUUCUACACCCCACGGACACGCAGCAGCAAUGGCUCGGACCCCCUGGACGACUGCUCCUCCUGCACCAGCCACUCCAGCUCCGAGCACUACUACCCUGCCCAGGGCAACCCUAAUUACUCCACUCUGGCUGAAGACUCCCCUUCCAAGGCAAGGCAGCGACAGAGGCAGCGGCACAAAUCGGCAGGGAACCUGGGCUCCUCCAACUCCGGCAGCAUGCCCAACCUGGCUGCUAAAAACGGGGGUGCUCAUCACGGGGUGUACCUGCACAGCCAGAGCCAGCCUUCCUCACAGUACCGCAUCAAGGAGUAUCCGCUCUACAUCGAUGGCAGCCCCACGCCGGUUGUGGUGCGCAGCCUGGAAAAUGACCAGGAAGGACACUACAGUGUGAAAGCACAGUUCAAAACCUCCAACUCUUACACAGCAGGGGGGAUGUACAAGGAGAGCUGGCACGGGGAUGAGGGGGAAGGCAGUGGCCGGUUGACCCCCUCCCGCUCUCAGAUCGUAAGGACUCCCUCACUGGGGCGGGAGGGUGGGGGCAGGACUGCCGUGUCGGACGAGCUCAGGUGCUGGUACCAGCGCACCUCAUCCACCCUCAAAGAGCACAACAGACUAUCGCACACCAGCUCCAACUCCUCUGACAGUGGCUCACAGUACAGCACGUUGCAGAGCUCCUUCACAGCACACAGCAGGAAGUCCAGGAUGUCUCAAAUGUCCAAAGCACCGUCAGCUGCCUCACCUCACAGUCAGAGGUGCAUGAUGCCGAACAGCGAGUCUGCAGCCACGCCCCCCAGCAGUCCACAUCAUAUCCUAAGCUGGCAGAGUGGAGAGACAGCAGAAAACUCUCACAUUGAGGAUCAGCCUCUUUCUCCAGCUCACCAAAGUACUGAUGAAUAGAGGUCCUACAAUGACAGUUGUUACCUGGAGAGUUCCUUGUACACUGAAUUAGCAGAUGUCCAAUGGUAUGGACGAGAAAAAGCCAAGCCUGGAACUCUGGUCUGAACUCCUGUUUUGUUACUGUUACCACAUCAAUGUCAUUCUGAGAUCGCAACACUAUCCUAACAUUUGGCAGUAUUACACUCCAUUAGCUCCCUCCACUUCUACUUCAGCUCCCUCCACUUCUACUCCACAAUGAGCAAUGCCAUGAUUAGGGACUCCUUGAACUGACUGAGCUAUGGUACCCUACAGACUGUCAGUGGUUGGUACUGGUAUUUUUAUCCUUCUGGGAAUCUGACCAUGAACUAAACGUUACCCACUGACUGGCAGAUGCCAUCUGAUCAGCCAUUUGGCCAGCCUUCAAGAAGUUAACAGCAUUCAUAGUCAGUUUUGAAUUCACAAAAGUGAAAACUCUGUAGAAAUGCUGGUGUUACAAACAAGCCACUAGACUCUGUGGUCUCGGACAGCUGAUGUUUAUUUCCAAUGCAAUACUAAUUAUGUUUUAUUUGGUGCCAGCCCAUGGUCCCAAACAAAGUGAACCUUCAUAAAGUUGUCUAUGUGUUCCUUCAACCUACAUUGUCUGGAUUUUGGGAACAACAAAACUAAAAAAGAAAACAAAAGAUACUAACCUUGUAAUGGACCCAUAAAUAAAUACAAAAUUGAAAAAUGUUAAACCCUGCAUCUGAUUUUUUAAAUAAUUGGAAAAUAAAUGUUUUGAAGCAAAAAAUGAUUCAGAAUCCACAAUGAAAAGGCACAUGUUUUUGGAUCAGCAGUGUCUGCCAGCUGCAAACAUUUGUACUUAUGAUGGAGCAUCACAUUAGCUGCUGAACUACCAAAGAUAAAAAGAAAAAAAACAAAAUAUAUGGGACUUUACUGAGGUUUAUCUGAAAAAUACUUCACUUGAAGAAGCCCCAGCCUUCAACACAGAGCACAGUCCAAUACACAUUGAUCUGUAACUCAAGGACUCAAUACAUAGGUUGUUCUACCUAUAUUAGUCAGUUAACUUCUGAUUUCCCUGUUUUUUUGUUACUACCCCAGGUACUGCAAUGUUAUUCAUCUUAAAGCCAAUAAAAGGUGAGGAACAGUUUUUUGCAAUAUGCAAAAGAAAAAAAAGAGAUUGACCUGGAUCCAGGUUUUUAUUUUAGCUACAUGCUUUCACUGACACAUCCUUCCUGCUGAUCACGAUCAUACACAAAACUGCUUUUAUAAAAUCAAUGUUAUUUUAGCAUAGAGAUUGUCUCUGUCUAUUGCUUAAGUUUGUUUUGGCUAGUGGCAUUUUUUUUUUAUUUUUUUUCUCGGUUCAGCUCGCAAGGUUUAAAAAACAAAACAAAUGAGAAAACUCUCAUUGUUUGGAACCAUUUUUUUUUUUUUAUUUCAUUUUUUUUUUAAAACAGUUAUUACAACAUACAAUUGUCCAUUUUAGAUAGCUCAGUCCAUAAAGGUUCAUAUCUCAGGCUUAUUGUAGGCUUAUUGUCAGUGCCCACCUUUCUUCUGUAAUGGCAAAGGCAGGGCCCACACAGGUGCUUUACCCUCAGGUGCUCCAUUGCCUGUACUGUAACAUCACUGAAACAGCUAUGAAACAAACCUGUAUUCCUGGAACUGUUCGAACAUGGCAGCUUACUGUGGGUGGGUUAAAGGUAGCAUUUUGCCAUCAUUUUAAUCCUACAGACCAAGUGGCACGAGACUGUGGCUAAACAGGUCACACACAUGAUCAGAAUCAAACUUGGUAUGUUAUUAUGUGACUAUUAUAAGUCAUGAUUGAUUGUUAUCCACAUUCUGCCUUACAGAACAAAAUGCAGGUUUGUACCAGGCUGUGGGUAUAAGUUGUACGCUAUAAUUGCUUGUCUUUUCCUGUAGAAUGCACAAUAUUCACAUGCAGUAUAUGGACCUUGGAUUAAACUCUACACUUUUUAUAUGAUGUAAAAAGAUACUGUGAAACCUUAGUCAGUAAAAUGUAUAGCCAUAAACAACAGCCAGUCUUAAGUUUGCUUUUCAGAAAUCUGUACGUACAGAAAGUCCAAAAUAAACAAUUUAAUAAGCGACUUACAAGCUGUUUCUGUUCCAUAGAAAGGAACAAAAUAAUUGAUAUACACUUUAAUUCAUAAAGCAUCACUUGGCUCAGUUUAUAGUUAUUUUAAUAUUGUUUCCAGUUAGGUGAGGCAGGGGUAAUCAAUGCCUGUAAAUUAUAGUAGGUGUACUGUAUUGUUUCUUUAAAUAUUAACAAUUUUAAGUAGUUACUUGGUUCCUGUUUAUUCAUAAUGUAACUGUUCCAUAAUGCUUGUUGCUCCAGGUAGCUAUUCUUUAAUAUCUGCCAAUCACCUCUGCUAUCAAUGCGUAGCAAUACAGACAGAACAGUCAAGGUUGGUUUUAAGCAAGGGAAGCUACAAUACUUUUACAGCCUUAACUGACAAAAUACCUUUUGCUUUGCCAACCUAAAACACAAAAAACAAUUAGUGGUACAAACCAAAACCAUGUGCGUUACCCUCACAUAGUGACGGUUCGGUCAAGUGAGUAUUUUAUUUUUUUGUGUGUGUGUGUGUGUGUUUACUUUUUUUCAAAUGAUUUCUGUCUGAAUGUUUUUGACAUCCAUUGGCCAGGAUAUUGGCUAAGUCUAUUAUUACACGUGACUUAAUAUUGUGUAUUUCAAUUUCAACAUGGUUUAUCAUCAUUUAAAGCAAAUUACUGUGUAUAACUUGACGUAAUGCUGGCACAUAAUGUGAAAUCUCUACUGGGUUUUCAGCAAAGGGGUUUUAUUGUGGCUGCCUUUGUAAUUGAAGGGAAUAUCUCUGCUUCUCCGAGCAGAGCCGUGUUUGAAUGGAAUGAAGACAGCAAAGGUGAAAGCAGACCAAGAGAAAGAAAAGAUAUCUCAAAGUAUGAUCCAGAAAAAAUAGCCCAAAAGCCUAUACAACCCCAAGAAAGGCAGAGCAAGCGGAGCCGAUUAGAACAAAAAACAGAUCUCCACGGCAACAGUGCUGUCUGAUGGUUUUUUCUAUUUUUUUUGCCAUUGUUUAUAGAUUAAUCACAAACAUAAAAUUGAGUAGUGAAAAAUCCAACCACCUUUUCAAUUUCACGUUGAAAUAAAGCUUUAAAUGCAUAGUUUCUACUCUAAUAAAAAAAAAAAACACCUUCAUCCCAAUCAACAGUGGAGCUGCAAGCACACAUUCUAGAAGCUCUACAAACGGCUUACGGCUGCUUCUUUAUUGAACAUCUAUAAACAGAUUUCUUGGGGUUUUCUAUGUGGUUAAACACAGGUGUUAGAUUAGGAAUGUUAAAAACUGGGCCACACUUGACAUUAAAAAAACUAAACUAUGUUUAUUUAUUCCUGGCUUGCUACACCAUACCACUGCUGUCUUCAUGGGUACAGUUGAAAGUUUGUAGCUAAGAGGCAGGCAUAAUUACUAACAUUCAUCAAUGUUAAAAAGGCAGUUAUUCAAAGACAUUGACCAUUGUUUAAAGAUGUUGAAAUCAUUUUUAAGUCAAUAUUAGCUUUUAGUUUGGACAUAGUAACAACCCCUUUCAGGUGCUACAAGAUGACCAGUUACUGCUUAGUUACCUAGGUGUAGAAUGUUACUUAUAUUGUGGUCAAUAGUUUUAUCACCAGUUGUUUAACAAGAAGGACAUUAGUUUAAAAACAAACUAUAUAAGUCACUCCCUCCAACUGACAGUAGAGCAUGUAAAAUAAUUACUGGAUUCUGUUCAACCAUAAUCAGACAAAGGUGUAUGUCGUAGAAAAAAGUGGAAUUGUUCCAAUUCCAUCGUUAAUUUAUUCUUUUUGUAUUAAGAAUUUGUAUAGUAACUUUACAUUUUUCAAAACAGUGUUGUUGGCAAAUAAUGAAUUUUCAAGAUGAGAAAUUUGGUGGUUCUUGAGAUUAUGAAAAAUAAAUUAUUGCUGAAUGUUCUCAACAUGCAA